AUGAACGACCCCACGCGCGUAGUACGAGUAACAGCCUCGGAUGGCAAGAGCGGCGAGUCGCGCGAGCUCGCCUACACCAACUGCAAGGUCAUCGGCAACGGAUCUUUUGGCGUCGUCUUCCAGGCGCGUGUCGUCUCCGGCGGCAAUGGUAACCUCGUCGAAGGAGCUGGGGCCAGCCAAGAUCAGGGAGCGGCAGGGAGUGCGCCGAGGGAGAACCAGGAGGAUGUGGCUAUCAAGAAGGUGCUGCAGGAUAAGAGAUUCAAGAACCGCGAGCUCCAAAUCAUGCGCAUCGUCAAGCACCCAAACGUCGUCGACCUCCGCGCCUUCUUCUACUCCAACGGCGACAAGAAGGACGAAGUCUUCCUCAACCUCGUCCUCGAAUACGUCCCCGAGACAGUCUACCGCGCGUCGCGACACUACGCCAAGCUCAAGCAGCAGAUGCCCAUGUCCCUCAUCAAGCUAUACAUGUACCAGCUGCUGCGCUCCCUCGCCUAUAUCCACUCCAUCGGCAUCUGCCACCGCGACAUCAAGCCCCAGAACCUCCUCCUCAACCCAGCUACGGGCGUCCUCAAGUUGUGCGACUUUGGCUCCGCAAAGAUACUCGUGGCAGGAGAGCCCAAUGUGUCAUACAUCUGCUCGCGAUACUACCGUGCGCCUGAGCUCAUCUUUGGCGCCACAAACUACACGACGAACAUCGACAUCUGGAGUACAGGCUGCGUAAUGGCCGAGCUGAUGCAGGGGCAACCCCUCUUCCCAGGCGAGUCGGGUAUCGACCAGCUAGUCGAGAUCAUCAAAGUCCUCGGAACUCCCUCGCGUGAUCAGAUUAGGACGAUGAACCCAAACUACAUGGAACACAAGUUCCCGCAGAUCCGUCCACACCCAUUCAACAAGGUUUUCCGACCUCGCACACCCCCCGAGGCCAUCUCGCUCAUCUCGAACCUCCUCGAGUACACCCCUUCAGCCCGACUCACAGCGGUAGAGGCUAUGACCCACCCUUUCUUCGACGAGCUUCGUGCGGCCCCUGAAUUCCUCAUGCCAAACGGAAGGGCAGCCCCGCCGCUCUUUGAUUUCACGAGGGAGGAGCUCAGUGUCCGGCCGGAUCUGAUCCAUAAGCUUGUGCCGGAGCAUGCGAGGCAGGGAUUGAUUGAGAGGGGAAUCGAUGUGGAUAACUUUGAGCCGGUGCCGUUGGAACAGAUGAGAGUUUCCUUGGAUUGA